AAAUUUCUUCGUUCAGUAUUCUAACCUCACAAAAUAUUGCUGGAAUUUCGCAACAGGCUCCCGGAAAACCUGAAUAUUCCCAGUAAAUCAAGAUUUCCCUGGGUUUUGUUUUUCACAGUCGAAAGAUGAAGUGUUCAAUGUGCGAAAAAAAUGCAAGGGUUCUCCAUAAAAUCCUUCAGAAUCUUGCAAAGAUUGGCAGCGAUUUGUACUUGGAAGCAAUGGUAUCUGGUCUGUCCUUGGGAACUGUGAGCUGUUUAGAAAGUUCUUUUGCAAAGAUUGAGCUUGCUCAGAACUUCUUCAUUGAAUACCACCAGCAAAUCCGUCCACCGAUACCUGACGGAAGUUCUGAGACUAAGUGUCGAAUAUCCCUCAAAUCUCUUCUCUCAGUGUUCCGGCACUUGAAGCAGGUGGAAGUGUGUACCCUGAGAUUGGAUCAGGAUAGUGAUAGGCUUGUCAUUAAGCUGAAAUGUGCCGAGGAAAAGGUACGAAUGAUGUACGUGCCAAUUCUGGAGCAGGAUGAAUUAGAUCGUGAUUCCAGCAAGGACAAAUAUCCGAAUAAAUUAAUGUGUGUUACGAGUGUUCUAUCCAACGUCAUGACCAACUUCCAAUCAGAGAUGGAAGUAACAAUGGACAUUUCCAAGGAGAAGAUCAUCGUAAAGAACUACAUAGAUGACCGGAUUGUGGAGAAAACCCUUCUGAGGACGAGAGUUACCAUGCAGGCUGAAGAAUUCCAGGAAUACACAGUCAACCAGGAAACCCGUCUGACCUUCUGUCACAGGAGUUUCCGGGCGUUUCUCUCUCUUAGCGAAGCUUUUGGGACAAAUUGCAGCAUAAAAAUUGAUUUUGAUACUGAGGGAGCCCCUAUAAUGUUCUCAGUAUCUGAGGCUCCAAUAGAAGGGAAACUUCUGAUGAUGACUUUAGAUAGGGAAAUGUAUGCAAAUCAACUGGCCAUGACCUACGACGGUUCAAUGCAUUCUGAUGUACAUCCUCACGACAGUUCCGUGGUUAAGUCUCAGAAUAAACGCCAGAAACCCUCUCCACUGGUCGGUGAUAAAGACAAAGAAACUUCUCCUCUGAAUCCCAAGAGGCAUAGGGUGGAGAACUCUCCUCCGAAAUCUCUCACUGACAGUGUAAUUGCUGCCAUGGACACACUUAUUGAUUCCCAACAGGAUGAUACCCAGGCCACCAAUUGCUCCACAGGAAACGAUACCUUCCUCAGAAGUAUUCCUGUUGUCGUUCAGAUCCAUUCGAAUCCCCCUGCAAGUGCAUCAAUUCCUGAAGAAAGAAAUGAAGGUGAUUGCAUAGCUUCAUCUUCGCUGAACAUUGUCUUCCAGCGGGAAUCAGAUGAAGCUAGCAAUGUUCCUAAGAAGAUAAACCAAACUCCUGCAGCAGCGUUAAUUGCUGAAGAUGAUGAAUUCGACAGUGUUCCAGCUUCUCCGCCACGUGAAGAAGAUCUAAAACGAAGGAACGCAAAGAAGAUAUUUAGGAGGUGCUUCGAGCCCACCUUCCGGUACUCUCAGAUCCCAAAGAGCAAAGUGCUAGCCGAAAAUUCCGACAGUGAUUAAAGUGAGUACAAAAUGCAAAUAAAUCUGAUUUUUACAAUU